AUGGAGUUCACGGAGGCGUUCAAGCAGACGGGCCCGUGUUCCUUCUCCCCCGACUCGCGCUUCCUCGCUAUUGCCGUAGACUACCGCCUCGUCGUCCGGGACGUCGUCUCACUGAAGGUGGUACAAUUGUUUUCAUGUGUGGACAAGAUAAGCUCUGUGGAGUGGGCACCGGAUUCAGAAUAUAUUCUAUGUGGACUUUACAAGCGGCCCAUGGUGCAGGCUUGGUCACUGAGCCAGCCUGACUGGACCUGCAAGAUCGAUGAAGGUCCUGCAGGGAUUGCAUAUGCUCGCUGGAGCCCUGACAGUCGUCAUAUACUAACUACAUCUGAGUUUCAGCUCCGUCUCACUGUGUGGUCUCUCGUAAAUACAGCAUGCGUGCAUGUCCAGUGGCCAAAGCAUGGUUCUAGAGGUGUUUCUUUUACCAAGGAUGGAAAGUUUGCUGCAAUCUGCACCAGGCGUGAUUGCAAGGAUUACAUAAAUUUGCUCUCAUGUCACUCCUGGGAGAUAAUGACUCUCUUUGCCAUUGACACGGUAGACUUAGCUGGUGUUGAAUGGUCACCAGAUGAUAGUGCUAUUGUUGUCUGGGAUUCACUUGUUGAAUACAAGGUUCUGAUAUAUUCGCCAGACGGAAGGUGCUUGUUCAAGUAUCUAGCUUAUGAAAGUGGGUUAGGUGUGAAAACUGUUGCUUGGUCACCAUGUGGACAGUUUUUAGCAGUGGGCAGCUAUGAUCAAGCAGUGCGGACUUUGAAUCACCUGACGUGGAAAAUUUUUGCGGAGUUCUCACAUGCUGGAUAUAUUCGAAGUCCUUGCAAUGCUGCUAUAUACAAGGAAGUGGAUGACCCAUGGCAGCUUGAUAUGUCAGAGUUAUGCCUAAGUGAAGGCUUCUCUUGUAACAUGCAAGACAAUGGCGCAGAAAAUGGCACCGAGGGAGGAGGCUCUAGAGUUAAAUAUGCUCUGAUGGAUGUUCCCAUCACCUUACCUUCGAUGAAACCAGCUUUUGACAAGCCCAACCCCAAACAAGGCAUUGGUAUGCUGUCAUGGAGCAGCGACAGCCACUAUUUCUUCACCCGGAACGACAACAUGCCGACUGCUCUUUGGAUAUGGGAUAUAUGCCGCCUUGAGCUUGCCGCUGUGCUUGUGCAGAAAGAUCCAAUCCGUGGUGCAGCAUGGGAUCCUACCUGCACACGCCUUGUUUUAUGCACGGAGAGCCCUCAUUUGUACAUGUGGACACCAUCCGGUGCCUGUUGUGUCAACAUCCCCUUGCUGAACUUCCGAAUUGUUGAUUUGAAGUGGAGCUCGAAUGGGCGCUGUCUCCUCCUGAAGGAGCGCGAAUCUUUCUGCUGUGCCACAAUCAUAUCUGCCCUGCCUGAGGAAGAACCUGAUCAAUCUGAUGAUACUUCUGAAGAUGAAUGA